AUGUCCGAACUCCCGGAUUCCAUCAGAAUAGACGACAUCGUUUCGUCCAAAAUCGACCCGGAAACUAUCUACAAGGAGCUAGACAGGUUGAAAGUCGAGGUCAACAUUCUCCGCAAUGACAUGUCUCUUUUUGUCAAGGCUCUAGCGACCAUACCUGACAACCACAGCCAACACGAAUACUACAACACACUUGUGGCCAAGCUUCAGACAGUUAAGGCCAGCAUCCAAGAGUAUUGUGUCCAAUAUAACCGGCUUUUGCCGAUCAUCAACUUGGCGCUGAUUAAGUUGGGCCACGAGGUGGAGGGUUCCAAAAUUGGUGUUUCUCCACAGAAGCUCCCCAAGAAACGCACCAGUAUGAGUAGGUAG